UAAACAAUUUAGCAAUGACCCGUCUAUUCCGUCAAUGGCGUCAAAAUAAGUGUGUUUACGAAGACACAGACUUCUUUUUGCCGGCACAACCUAGUACUCCGUACCUACCUAACUACUGAUAACUUCCUGCUACCAAUCAUCACUUUAUAGUUUAUACAGGUCGAAACCUUCUCAUUUCUGAUUUCACCUCUUUCUCACUCUAUAAUCCCCAAGUUCAAUUCUUUGUUCUUCGUAUCAGUUUAAUCUUCAGAUCAAUUUGUGAGGACCAAUGCUCGUGACUUUCAGGAGAAAGCGACCGUGCUUUCAUUUCUUAUUGUUGUUUUCUACGAUAUUGAGUUCUUUCAGCAGUGGGCAUGCUGGGGUAACUAGUGCGUACAUACGAUCAGAAUGGCCUUCUGUUGACAUUCCUCUUGAUAAUGAAGUUUUUGCAGUUCCAGAGGGUCACAAUAUUCCUCAGCAGGUUCAUAUAACCCAGGGAGAUUAUGAUGGAAAGUCUGUCAUAAUAUCAUGGGUUACACCUGAUGAACCAGGCCCUCGUAAGCUACAGUAUGGAAAAUCCAAGGACUACAAACUUAGUGCUGAUAGCACUGUAACUAACUACACUUUCUAUAAAUACAAUUCUGGUUACAUUCAUUAUUGUCUCCUUAAUGCUCUUGAGUACAGCACAAAAUACUAUUACAAGAUUGAAGCAAGAGACUCGUCUCGAGAAUUUUGGUUUCAAACACCUCCAAGGAUCCAUCCUGAUGCUCCCUACACUUUUGGAAUUAUUGGUGACUUAGGUCAAACAUACAACUCUCUUUCCACUCUCCAGCAUUACAAGCAAACUGGAGCACAAACUGUACUAUUCGUGGGCGAUCUUUCUUAUGCAGAUCAGUAUAAAUACAAUAAUAUUGGGGUUAGGUGGGAUUCUUGGGGUCGUUUCAUUGAGCCAAUUGCCGCAUACCAACCAUGGAUUUGGACGGCUGGAAAUCACGAGAUAGAGUAUAUGCCAGACUUGGGGGAACUUACUACGUUCAAAAAUUAUCUACAUAGAUAUCCUACACCCCAUGCCGCCUCCAAAAGUAGUAGCCCUCUCUGGUAUUCUGUUCGCCGUGCAUCUGCUCAUAUCAUUGUGCUAUCCAGUUAUUCUCCAUUUGUUAAAUAUACUCCUCAAUGGAUGUGGCUCAGAGAAGAACUCCAGAGGGUGAAUAGAGAAAUAACACCUUGGCUUAUUGUUCUAAUGCAUGCCCCCAUUUACAGUAGUAAUGUAGGCCAUUAUAUGGAGGGUGAAAGUAUGCGUUCUGUGUUCGAGAGCUGGUUUGUUCAGUACAGAGUUGACUUCGUCUUUUCUGGCCAUGUCCAUGCGUAUGAAAGAUCAUAUCGGAUGUCUAAUAUACACUACAAUGUAACUUCUGGUGAUCGAUAUCCUGUACCAAAUAAGGCAGCUCCGGUUUACAUAACCGUUGGAGACGGUGGAAAUCGAGAAGGUCUAGCUGCCAAGUUUUGGGAUCCACAACCUGACUAUUCUGCGUUCCGAGAAGCCAGUUAUGGACACUCCACGCUGGAGGUCCAUAACAGAACCCAUGCAAUUUAUCGAUGGAACCGCAAUGAUGAUGGGAAAAGUAUACCAACCGAUUCUGUGGUAUUCCACAAUCAAUACUGGGCUAGCAACCUGCGCCGCAGGAGACGAGGAGGCUGAGAUAGGGACGUGUUAGUUUAGGUACCGAUGUCAACUGUCGCAUCUCACAUGCCUUUUAGAUUCGUAAAGCUCGUCUUAUUCUUGAAAUCAUUGAAGCCUUGAAGGGUGGCUGCACUUGAAUUGAAGGCAGUUUUGAUUUCUUGCAGUCACUGAAGAUGGAUGGGAACCUGAUAGGCUGAUCUAGGGCAUCGUUAUUAUAGUUAGACAUGUAAAUACAACGAUUUAAGCCUUCGGUAUUAUAGAAUGAUUCAAUUCUUUGCUUUCUUUUUUGGGUGCGAAUGAGCCACAGGUAAAUAUUCUUUGCUUUGUAUAUUGUACUCCGUAAUAAAGAAUGCUUAAUAUUGGGUCAGUGUGUGUGACAGACAUGAUGAGUUAAUACCAAUGUUAAUUUGAUUUA